GUCUUUUCAAUUCAUUUAUCUGCAGGAAUGAUUGCCGCUAUCAGUCUCGCGUUCACCGCCCGGCUGAGGAGGUGAAAGUUUCUCCCCAGGAAGAUAAACCGCAAAAGACAAUAUUGUGCAUGAUUUGCGCCUUUUUUUUGCAGAGCGAAAAAAAAAAAAAAAAAAAGGGCCCCAGAAAAAAAAAAAUCGGGGAGAGUGUGGGGAAGCUCGAAGAGGAGAGAGAAACAAGCUCUCGGCCACUUUGCAACAUUCCUAUAGCCAAAAAAAUCACUGAAGGAAGUUUCUUUUUUGUUUUGUUUUUUGCUGCCCGUGUUGUUCUCUCUCCGUUAUUGUUAUUUGCAGCCAGUUUAUUUUUGAGCCCACCCAACCCCCCCCUCCCCACUUAAACCUCCCUGAAAAGUCAAAGCAGAGAGACAGUGAAUAUUUUUUGGGGCACAUUUUUAUUAUUAUUAUUUGCAACUGCGAAGAUCUCUUCCCCCCUUCCGCACCAGCCUCUUUUUUUUCUUCUUCUUCUUCUUCUUCUCCUUUUUUUUUUUUUUUUCCUUCCCCCCGCGCUGAUGCCGAAGGGGGUGUUUUUGAUGUGGUUGCUUUGGUGGUGAUCGUCGCUGACUUUCCAAAGAGGGUGUUUUCGCCGCCGCUGCUGCUGCUGCUGCUGCUGCUGCUGCUGCUGCUUCUCUCCGCGUUGUGUGUGUGCGCGCGUGCUUUUUUUUUGGUUGCUGCAUCGACGCUGGGAAGAUGCUUCUGGAUGCUGGACCGCAGUAUCCCGCCAUAGGAGUCACUACCUUCGGAUCCUCUCGCCACCACUCCACGGCCGAUGUCACGGACAGAGAAGUGGGGCUGGGGAUCAACCCCUUCGCCGACGGCAUGGGCGCCUUCAAAAUCAACCCCAGCACCCACGAGCUGGCCUCGGCCGGCCAGACCGCCUUCACCUCGCAGGCGCCCGGCUACGCGGCGGCGGCCCUGGGCCACCACCACCACCCGACCCAUGUCAGCUCCUACUCCAGCGCCGCCUUCAACUCCACCCGGGACUUUCUGUUCCGCAACCGCGGCUUCGGGGAGGCGGCGGCCGCCAGCGCCCAGCACAGCCUCUUCGCCUCCGCCGCCGGCAGCUUCGCCGGACCCCACGGACACACCGAUGCCGCGGGACAUAUACUUUUCCCGGGGCUGCACGAACAAGCCACCAGCCACGCUUCGCCUAACGUGGUGAACGGGCAGAUGCGCCUGGGCUUCUCCGGAGACAUGUACGGCAGACCCGACCAGUACGGCCAGGUCACCAGCCCCCGCUCCGAGCACUACGCCUCGACCCAGCUGCACGGCUACGGCCACAUGAACAUGAACAUGGCAGCCCACCACGGGGCAGGGGCCUUCUUUCGUUACAUGAGGCAGCCCAUCAAACAGGAACUCAUCUGUAAGUGGAUUGAGCCCGAGCAAUUGUCAAACCCCAAAAAGUCCUGCAACAAAACUUUCAGCACGAUGCACGAGCUGGUGACUCAUGUCACGGUGGAGCACGUUGGAGGACCCGAGCAGUCCAAUCACAUAUGUUUCUGGGAAGAGUGUCCAAGAGAAGGGAAACCUUUCAAGGCCAAAUAUAAACUUGUAAAUCACAUCAGAGUCCACACAGGUGAAAAGCCUUUCCCCUGCCCUUUCCCAGGCUGUGGCAAAGUGUUUGCCAGAUCAGAGAAUCUCAAAAUACACAAAAGAACUCAUACAGGUGAAAAACCAUUUAAGUGUGAAUUCGAGGGCUGUGACAGGCGCUUUGCAAACAGCAGCGACCGCAAAAAGCACAUGCAUGUGCACACUUCCGACAAGCCCUAUCUCUGCAAAAUGUGUGACAAGUCCUACACGCACCCCAGCUCCCUCAGAAAGCACAUGAAGGUCCAUGAAUCAUCCUCGCAGGGGUCCCAGCCUUCUCCCGCCGCCAGCUCAGGCUACGAGUCCUCCACCCCUCCAACCAUCGUGUCUCCGUCCACAGAAAACCAGACCGCCAGCUCCUUAUCCCCUUCCUCCUCCGCAGUCCACCACACGUCCAGCCACAGCACGCUUACAUCAAAUUUUAACGAAUGGUACGUCUAAAACGCUAAAACAAAACAACAAAAAAACACAAACCGAAACAAAACAAAAAAAGCCCCAAGUGAGCAAACAAAUACCCUAUUUAAAGACUCCAAAAAUAAUGAACACUUUGAAAUCAGAAUUUAAAUGAGCAAACAAAAAUAAAAUGCUGCCAGUAGACCCAGGACUGAGUAAAAUGAAGACUUCAUUUUUUAAAAAUUGUUUUUUUCCCUUCUUUUUUCCCCCUCUUUUUUAUUUCUCUUUUUUCUUUUUUUUGUCUUUUUCUUUCUUUCCUUUUCUUUUUAUUUCUCUUUUUCCUAUUUUUUCUUUUUUUUCUUUUCUUUUCUUUUUUUUUUUUUCCUUUUUCUUUUUUUCUGUUCUGCUGUGUUCCAAGGCUUGGUAGGAGAAGGGGUUAGUAGAAUGCAUAAGAAGACAAGGUUACCAGGGCAAAUGCCAACUGUGUAGGGCUUUACUGGAAACCACUGAUUAGAGAUCUCCAACUGCAUGUCUGCUCGGGCAGCGGCCUUCCCCCCCAUCCCCUCUUGUAAAUACAGAAUUAUUAGCUUCAAAAACAAAACAACAAAAAAAUGUACUGUUUGAUUUUGUAAAUAGUUAUAUCGCAAGUUGAAUAAGGGGAUAUGUGGAUUUGUGGUCUUUGCAUAUAUGUGGGGGGAGGGGCGGGCGGGCGGGAGCGGCGGCGGGGGGGGCGGAGGUGGUGGGGGGGCAGAGGGAAGAGGUAGAAAUUCAACUAUUUGUACUGAAUGGCAAGAAUGUUCUAGUAAAUGUGUACCAAAAUGUGAAUUACUUUGUAUUAUUACAGUCUAAACGUCGAUCUAACAGAAUAUUAUUGGUAUUAAUGUGCUUUUUUGUAUAAAGUGCAACAUUUCGUCCCAAAGUCCAGUCUAAGUAGUGCAGUAAAAUGUUGUUACACGUCCUGUCAAGAAAUUCGUAUAGUGAAAGCCUGGAUCUGCGUGUCAAACUGUUACAUUUGUUUAUGUAAAGUGAUAUUAAAAAAAAAAAAAAAGAGAUAAACUAUAUCUGUCCGUUGCUUUUGGCAAAUACAAGAACAUAAUGUAUAUAAAUCCUAAUUUCCAUAUUUAUCCGCAUGUAAAGGUCCGGUUAUACAUGUUACAAGAUAUUCAAUAUUUAUGGCUAGAAGAAUUGGUAUGUAAAAUUUAGUUUACAGAACUGUUUGGUAACAUUUCGUACCUUAUUAAAGAUUCUUAAAUCCCAUGAAUUGUGGUAGGAAUUCUUAUUCGCUAAGUCAACCUGCUGCAACUCCAACUAGCUUUAGGAUAUUAGAAUAAAACUGUCCCAGUUUUUCACUGCUUUCCAUUAUGUCAUCACUAAAGCAGCGAAGGUGAUAUAAAUGUGAUAAAUGAAAGGAUCCCUGCUGGCAUUACUAUAGUGUGUAAUUAGUAUUUAUAUCAAAAUUUAUGAAACAAAUUUUCGGCCGCAGUAUAAUUUAAAUGACCUUUGCAGACAUAGAAUAACAACCAUAAAAAUAACAGAAAUAGAUUGCAUAGACUACAUAAAUAUUAAUGUGGGGAAUUGUUACACGAGAAGUGCUGCACUCCACUCCAACACUGCCCAUGAAUCUGCAUAGACUGGGUCCCUAAAUUAAAUUAAUUCGGAUAACAUAUAUUAGGAGAUUUAAAACAGAGGAGAUUUCGGUUGCCAUUUUAAUUUAAGGCAUUUAUGACCAUAACUAAUUCUCAGGCAGUGGAUUCAUGACUUUCUUUGGGCCUUUUACUCCAAGAAGUACAGCACUGUUUCACGAAGGCCGUUUUUGUUGUUGUUGUUGU